UAUCUGCAGGAACACUCAAAACUAGCGAAGGAAAUGGCUAACUACAGCACUGUAUCUGAAUUCCAACUUCUGGGGUUCCAGAGCCUUCCAGGAUGGCAGACUCUACUUUUCAUUAUGUUCUUAGUUAUUUACAUCUUAACCAUCACAGGAAAUGUGGUCAUCAUUUCAGUGGUCAAACUGGAGCCAGGUCUUCAUUCUCCUAUGUAUGCUUUCCUCCAAAACCUUUCUUUUCUAGAGAUCUGGUAUACCACCACUAUAGUGCCCAAGAUGCUCAGCAGUCUGGUCAUAGAGAGUAAGACCAUCUCCUUCACUGGGUGCAUGAUCCAACUCUACUGCUUUGUCUUCUUUGGGGCGACAGAAUGCUUCCUCCUGGCAGUGAUGGCAUAUGACCGGUAUCUGGCAAUCUGUGACCCACUGCAUUAUACAGUAGCUAUGAACACGCAGUUCUGCUGUUGUUUAGCAGUAGGGUCUUGGGUGGUUGGUCUCUUCACAGGACUGCUGCCAUCCCUGAUGAUCUCCAGACUCAGUUUCUGCAGAUCCAACAGAAUCAAUCACUUCUUUUGUGACAUCCCGCCUUUGCUGAAACUCUCCUGUUCUGACACUUCCAUCACAGAGAUAACUAUAUUUGUGCUCUCAAUAUUGGUCCUUUUCACUUGCUUCUUGCUUACCUUGGUGUCUUACGCUUUCAUUAUCAUGACAAUCCUGAAAAUCCCCUCUGCUUCUGGGAGGAGAAAGACUUUCUCCACUUGCGGUUCUCAUCUGGCUGUGGUGGUAAUAUAUUAUGGCACCAUGAUCUCUAUGUAUGUUCGGCCCAGUGCUAGCCUCUCCUCAGAGCUGAAUAAAGUGGUCUCCAUAUUUUACACUGUAGUAACACCGCUUCUCAAUCCUGUCAUUUAUAGCCUGAGGAACAAGGACUUCAAGGAAAGCUUGCAGAAACUGCUCAAAAGGAAAUGUGCCCUGUAG